AUGUCUGGAAUGCUUGGUCUCUUAUUUUGCUGCAUUCUUUUGCAGGUAUCAAAGAAAUUUGAUUCUAUUGCACGUUCAAUUUUGAAUAGUUCUUUCUUUCGUCUUGGUGAUCAGCUUGAUAAAGCAAUGUGCCGAGUUAAGAAAAUGCUACCUAAAAGAGAAUCUCAGCGAAGACUUCAUGGUUUAUCGCGUGUUAGUGAAGUUUAUUCAGCGUUAGAAACGAGAUACGCACUGCUUUCAAUGACAUUCAGGAAAUACAUAGAUAAUAAUUCUUGUUGCUUCAUCGCUGGCAAACUGUUAGAUGAAGGCUUCGCCGUGUUAGGUAUACUGGAUAGUUGUGUUAAAAGAAAAGUGCAGCCAUCAGAACCACAAGAAUUGUUAAAGGACAUUAGAGAUUACUCAAGCAUGGCUAUGGAAUAUUUCGAGGAACAAAUCGUUCCAUUUCUAUCUGUUGAUAACCCUGUGAACCUAUUUCAUCGUACUCCAAAUCGCUAUUCCUUUGAGUCAUUAUCAAAAAGUUUUUCAUUACCAAUAACAAACGAAAAGUACGACCGUAUUUCAAAUGAUUUUAAUUUUGAUCUCCUUCAUCCACUCAGUUCGGAUCUAUUAAUGUUUAGCUUUCAAUCGCUGUACACUUCACCAUCGUCAACACCUGUAAUAGGCAGUAGGACAAACAGUAUGUCAUUAGCAGACAGUGUUGGUGAUUCAAAAAUAAAACAAUGGAAGAAAAAAAUUGAUGAUAGGGUGAAACGAAAUGAGCAAAUUAUAGCUGAACAAGAUCGUAUUAUUCGUGAGCAAAGUAAAGCAAUUAAUAAUAUCGUUGAAUGUUUGCAACAGAUUAGUUCAAAAAUUUCGUUCACCUUCAUGAAAGAACUGGAGACAGUGGAAGAAUUAUCAUAUCCAGGCUCACAAUACUUAAAUGUGCAUGACAAAAGAAGAUGCCUGAGAAAAAGGAAAUUAAGUACACGUAUGACAAAUACCUCUGCUAAGAAAUCAGCCUAG